AAAAUGGACAAUAUUGUUAAAGUGUUCCUCUGCUUGGGAUUGUGCUUUGUGGCACUCGGGGAAAAAUGCGAUUGUCCUAGGGGUCCACGAGGUUUUAGAGGUGUGAGGGGAAAGCCUGGUAAGGAUGAUGCCCCUGGAGAAAGGGUGACCCUGGAACACAGUGCACUAAACCAAGUUCAUGUCCAAGUGGAUUCGUUUUCAACCCGUCUCUCAAUUCCUGCUAUUAUUUUAUGUACAUCUAUACCUUGUCAUGGUUUGACGCAAAUGUCUAUUGUGCGCUACAGAACGCCCAUUUGGUCGCAAUAGAAUCUGAAACUGAGCAAAAGUAUAUUUGGGACAAAAUAUCUUGGGAUCAAAAUCAAGGAAAAAGGUGUUGGACAGGAGGCAAUAAACUUCAUGGUCAGUGGAGAUGGAGCCCUGGUUCUUGCUCUCAUAGCAAUAACACGUUCACUUACACCAACUGGUUCUCUGGCCAACCAAGUAAUAGUGGAGGCAUUGAAUACUGUGUGGAAUUGCUUGCACGGCAUGGGGGGUGGAAUGAUUUGAACUGCCAAUCUACCAAUUACUUUAUCUGUGAAAUAAACAUGUAAAACAAUAAAGUUCUUUCAAAAUGACCUUUCAAUCUAUCAUGAUAUUAUAUUAUUUGUAUUACCCAAUGUCUCUUAAUUAUUGUGCCAAUAUAUUGGUAAAACAGAUAACUCCCAUUGGAGUCAAUAGAUUGAUACACUAAACAAC